UCAUCAUGGUACAGAGCAGUGUCGUAAAUGUAUGCUGAGCUGCGCAUGCUGAUAAGCAGGGAGAAAGGUUUAUGAGAAAAGAGACCUACUUUAAUAAAACAUAAAGGAACAAAUAAGGGAAAUGUAUGUAUUUGCGCACACUUUAAGACAGAUCUCUAUUCCAGCCAUUGAAAAGAGGAAGACGCAUAUUUCUGAAAAGGGGAACAAUCACACACGCUUGCUCUGCUGCAGGUGGUCAGUCCUGGGUCCUGGCCAUGGAAAUGGUCUUUGGGAAGAGUCUGAUGUGCUUUACCUGAUCUUAGUACACCCUGGAAGGAUUCCUAGGGAACUACUCCAGUCCACAUUUCAAAUAACCAUGAAGGACCGUCUGAGUGAGCUGCUUGAGUAUUCAAGACUUCAUAGUCAAUAUGUUCAAAAUGGUGAAGAUGAUCUUUCUCAAGAACUUGCUAUGUUUGAAACGGACCAUUCCUUAGAAGUCCUCUACAAUGAUAUACAGGUCAUUCGGACAGAGAACCACUUACUAAAAGUUGAUGUAAAACGACUGGGGAAGCAAACCACGCGCUUUCUCACUUCAAUGCGUCGCCUUAGCAGUAUCAAAAGAGAUUCAAACAGUAUUGCCAAAGACAUUAAGUUACGAGGAGAAGGCAUCCACAGAAGGCUUCAAAGCCUCAAAAACCUUAGUGAAGAUGCUGAAACUGUACAUGGGGAAAAUUCUGUUAUUGCACGCGUGUCUAAAGCACAGUAUGUUACUCUUACGCGAGCCUUCCAGAAAGCCAUGGUUGAAUACAAUGAAGCUGAAAUGGUUCAGAGAGAGAACUGCAAGAUCCGCAUACAGCGCCAGCUGGAAAUCAUGGGCAAAGAUGUAUCUGGAAACCAGAUAGAAGACAUGAUGGAACAAGGAAAAUGGGAUGUCUUCUCUGAAAAUCUUCUUGCUGAUGUUAAAGUUGCUCGUUCAGCCCUAAAUGAAAUUGAAACCCGGCACAAAGAAUUGCUAAAGCUGGAGACUCGUAUAAGAGAGGUCCAUGACCUCUUCUUACAGAUGGCCUUGUUGGUUGAGGAGCAAGCUGAGACUCUGAAUGUUAUUGAGUUAAACGUGGAAAAUGUUAAAGAUUACGUUAGUGUUGCCAAGGCUCAGAUCAAACAAGCUGUGGAAUAUAAAAAGAAGAAUCCAUGCCGCCAAUGUUUCUGUUGUUGCUUUCCUUGCUGUAACUAAGCUAAAAUAAUACAAAUGACAGUGUUAAAAGACUGGUAUUUGCAAGGAAUAAAAAUGUUCCAAUGUUUAUGGACCUCAUUUCAAACCAACAGAAUGGAUGCUACAGGCUCGCCAAAUAUUUUUAUAGGGGACCUGCAUUGGUCACCCAACGUGUGAAAUAAUAUUAAAUAUAGUUGCAUUUGAAGAUGUGGUGUUAAUCAUCUUCUAAACAUAUAAAAUAUAGCAAAGGUGAAAAACUGCAUGUUUCGAAGGUGGUAGGGGCCGAAAGGGUUCCAGCUAUUUUAAAUUUAAUUGAAAGUAAGAAAUACUUCAGUAUUUAGUGAAACAUUAGCAUAAACAGGCAUGCAUUAGUAACUGCAAAUGGUUUUAAAGUAUAUUUUUAUGUUAUAUGUUUAUAAGAAAAAGACAUUUGUAAAUGGCUUAGUGUUAUGUCCUUUGUGAUAAUGCUGUAUUAUUAAAAGUGUAAAAUUUAUCUUU